AUGCGAGAUGAAUUUGAUCGCGACCCUGAAGAAUUUUGUCGUGCUGUGCGAGCGGGAGAAAUCGCUAUUGACGAGGAGGACUUUCCAUCGUUUAUGUAUCCCGAGCAGGACUAUGAUGAGCUCGAUCCCGUCAAAAAUCUGAUGUGCGCUCCUAUCCUUUUUACGCUUGCCAAAGUACUCUAUUUUGGCCCUGCUUCAGCCGAGAGCGCCACACCCAGCAAUGCUAAGCCGAGAGGUGGCCGUCCUCCUCUCAAUAAACAGUACAAGCUCGAUCAUUGCACGCCUCAGAUGUUGGCAUACCUCUGCCUCUUGGUGCGCUUCGCGUUCUGUGCGUGCUCAACGUGGGAUGAAGGCACCGACAAUGCAUUCUUCGGACCGGCUUUUUACAACAAUUGCCUCGAGUUGCUCAACAACCCGAAGAUCGGAGGUCCGAUACUGGAAAUUUGGAACCGGUACGUGAUUCGGACUAGCGGGCACACAUAUUAA